GUAGCAGGCAUGGGAAAAGCAAGCAAAAAAAAUAUGGGCAAAAUUUCAACCUCACAGGGCGACGGAUAUCACACUGAUCACCACCCCACACACGUCAAUAGUGGCGUCCCGAUUUUCAAAAAUAUCUCCAUCUUGCGGCCGGUUCACUGUUGCUUUCUUCUUUUCUGAUUCUGUGGUCUGAUCCGGGGCGAACCAAGGGCGUGAUUGUCUCACGGCGAUACACAAGUGGGUUCGUGCUACCAGCUGCACUCACCGGCCGGAAUUUCAACUGACGGCUGCCCGUCAUUUGGCGUCACUCGAGACCGCAAGAACUGGACGACGUUAUUUCCCCUCGUGGUUGGCUCGUUGCGCAAUUCUCUGAAACGGCUGCCCGGGUUCUGGUGUGGGACGGGAAGGAAAACGAGAAGCAGCUCACCGACACAACGAGGUCGACGCAACGGGAUAGACCUCUCUUGCUUCCACCAGAGAGAAAGGGGAAGAUGCUGUCGGAAGAAUUUGUGUCGGCCAUCUGCGGCCCUCCGCUCUCAUCCAACACUGCCAUCUCCAAAGAUAUCGGCAUCUACACUCAUACUCUGAGCCCAGCUUAUUCCAUCAAGUCGACCUUCAAAAAGAGCUCAGUUCCAGUGAACUGUCUUGCUGUGAGCGAGACGCAUGUGUUCGCUGCGCAGGAGGGCAAAGCUUACGUGCACGUCUACUCGAGGUUACGUGGAAACCAGGAGGCAUUUGUUGCCUUUCCAGAAAGGAUACGAUGUGUAACCUUGUCCGGCGAUGUUCUCAUCAUGGGCACAGCUGAAGGGCGUCUCAUGUUAUGGGAGACAUGCACUGGCCGACUAGUGUCGACUCCUGCGCGCCACGUUCAGGCAGUUUCCUGCGUGGUUGCCACGCCCACGCACAUUCUCACAGGCUCUGAUGACUCCGAUAUCCAUGUGUGGUCCAUGUCCCAGCUUCUGGAGCUGGACUCAGCCGCCGAACCGGAACCGGAGAGGAGCCUUUCCAACCACAGGGCAGGCAUCACAGCCCUGUCCACAAACUCAAGUGUUAGUGCCAGCACAAACUUCUGCGUGUCAGCCAGCAAGGACAAGUCUUGCAUCAUUUGGAAUUACCAAACAGGCGACGCCCUGCGGACCCUCAUCUUUCCCAAGUUUCCUCUGUGCGUCUCCUUAGACCCCUCAUCGCGGGCUGUUUGCGCGUCCUGCGAGGACGGCACACUUUUCGUCACAGAACUGUUCGGGGAGAAGCCUCUGCUCGGGCCGUCAUCAGAAGAGGCAUCGACCGUGGUACAAAUCGAGUCACCUUUUGGGGCAACUCCACCAGAGCUCGGGCCGGCCUCUUGCUUGAGUAUGAGUUAUGACGGGACAGUCAUUCUUACGGGCCAUCCAAGAGGUCAGAUCAUGAGGUGGGACAUCUCGGAAAAGAACAAGACGCCGGUAGAGUUGGCCAAUGUCAACGCGGCUGUCACAAAUGUUGUAUUUGUUUCGCCAUUCCCAACGGGCAAACCCACCAAGACAGUACAUAUCGUCAAGCCUUCGCAAGCAGAGCGGACAUACACCCUUGCGGCCCAGCUUGACCCGUUAGCAACCCCCGAGUCCAGAUUUGACUCGCUCUUGAACGCUACCGGGUUUCCGAAAGAAGCCCUGGAAAGCGCGAUUGCCGCGUUCGAACAGCCAGACGUGGAAUUCGUAGAGAAAGAGGAGGAGGAGCUUCAGAAGCACAAUCAAGAGUUCUGGGAGAUCAUGAAGGACGAAAGGAUAGUACAAAAGGACGCUUUCAGGAUAGGGCCCGUUUAGCUGACGGGCCAAGCUAAUGCAUUUACUUGAUGCUACUGACAGGUUGAGAGCCUCAUAGCCAGCCCGCGGGAGGCCAGCUAGCAGACGGGUGAAGCCGCCUUGGAAGGCCAGUUCUGCUCGACCGGGCUACGUUUCACAGUGGUCACAAUGUUUUAUACCGCUAAAUUCGAGGUUGUUGGCUGC